UUCUUUUCAUGUUUUAUAGCAUUAUAAAAAGAUCUGCAGCCUUGGUACAAACUAACAGCACCGUCCUUUCUGCGAGAGUCUACAAAAGCAUCUGCAUCUGCAACGAAACAAGCUCAUUUUAGAGCACUUUCUUCAUUGGAUUCCAAAAAAGCCAGUUGAAAUCUGCCUGAUGCCUAAUGCAAUAGAGACUCUGGAACCAUCUGACUAUCUCAGCCUUGGUUCUCCUGCAGCCAGCGACAUGCAGAGACACCAUCCCUACCGCUAUCAGCUCUACCCAACUACUGCUUACACUGUGCCAGCAGGUAUCUCUCCAGCUGCAGCAGCCUAUCCGCAGUACCAGACCAGCUACGAUGCCAUUUAUCGCAACUAUCAGGCCUAUGGGUCACUUGGAGGACACUCCUCUGCCGGCAUGAUGCAGUCACCAGCGGUUGUGAGCCCAGGUAUCGAAGUGGCUGGAAACUAUCCUAUGAGAAUCCAACGUCCACAAAAGCCACCAUACUCUUACAUUGCCCUGAUAACUCUCGCUAUCAUGAGCAAACCGGAAAGAAAAGCAACUCUGGCUGAGAUUUGUCAGUACAUUCGCGAGACCUUCCCUUACUACAGAGAGAAUUGCAAGCAAGGAUGGGAGAACAGUAUUCGACACAACCUUUCCCUCAACCAAUGCUUCCAGAAGCUCCCUCGUGAACAAGGGAAACCUGGCAAAGGACAUUUCUGGGUAAUUGACCCCGGAGCACGACACAUGUUUGACGAUGGAUCUUAUCGUAGGAGAAAGAGACGCUACAUGAAAGGAGACAACCCAGACUCAGCAGAAGAACAUCAAGAUGCCAUGAUGCCACAGCAAUCGCGAGGCAUGGGCAUAGACAAUCUUAUACAGCAGGCUCGCUUCAUGAACAUUAUUCCUCGCUCGAUAUUUGCCCCUCAAACCUCCCCUGGUAUUAUCUCCCCAAACACACCUAACUAUCCCACAGAGCCUCGGAUGAUCACUGCACAGCUACCACCUUACAGCUCCCUACAAAAUCAGAUGUAUCAUCAGCCAAGUGGUAUUGCUGACCUACCUGUAGCAACCACUACACUGCCACUUCCCACUGGCUACCCUCAGCAUCAUAUGCUCAUUAGUUCUGGCCCAGUCUCAGGUCAAACAGUGAUUCAAGAUCAAUCGUCGACUAUUGCAGAGUCUCAGUACAGCUCGCAAGCAAGUCCGUCCAUCUCCCAGAUGCCAUGGUCUGCUAGUGUGCCCAUGCUAACACCUAUAAACCACCUCAGUACUACGACCUCAAGUUCUGAACACUCUCACAUUUGCACCACGGCAGUUAUUUCCGACUGCAGCAGUGAAGCGUCUGGUUCCCCUCAGGCCUGCCUCGAGCCUGUCUAUCCCUUCAGCCAGGACUCCAGAAUGAGCAGAGUAUCCUAUUCUGAGAUCGAAGAGUGCCUGGGCAGCAGCAAGAUCUCCCUCCACAUCCCAGCCAUCCAGACGGAGAUAGAGCCACUGGGCGACAGGGACUCCUCCUAAAGAAGCACCAAAUGCUGCAAACACAAUCACUUGAACAUUCAAUCAAAUAUUUCACUGUAUUUCUCACAUCACUUUCACCCUAUGUAUAAUUUGUACUGUUUUUUAUUUUUAUUUGUGUAUCAGGAAUUCAGGUACUAGAGAGAAUGAUUAAAUAUGUCUAGCUGUUGCAUUUUUGUUGAGAAUCAAAUGUUUUUUGCCUGUGAAAUAA